AUGAGUGCAAUCUUAAUAUUAUCUGCAAUUCUAAGGCAAAGGAAAAGGAAAAGGCCAAGGCAAUGUCUAAAGGAAAAGAAAAGGCAACUUCUUUUGACAAAGGAAAGGAAAACACAUGUCCAAUGUUCAUCGACAGAUCGACAAUGGUAUAACCUACCAACUACAGAUGAGAUUGUAGUUGUAAUACCAGGUGAUGGAACCAAGGUUAGUGGAAUGAGAGAUGUUAUCUUACAUCUACAAGGAAAUAAUGAGCUAAUGCAAAUCAAUGAAUGUCACCCAGCAUAUUUGCCAUUACAUUAUGUUUUAUUAUUUCCACAUGAGUAUUCAACAAUUUUGAGAGCUGGAAAAUUGUUCCAAGAGUUUUUGGUUGAUGCUUGGGCCGCAACUGAACAAAAUAGGUUGACUUACUACAAGCUUAAUCAAGGGAAAUUCCGUACUGAACUUUACCAAGAUUUGACAGAUAUUGAUCCAAAUGACCUUCAGCCCAAUCAAAUUGGCCAAAGGUUUGUUUUGCCAUCUUCAUUUCCUGGAGGUCCUAGACACAUGUUUAAAAUCUUUCAAGACUCAAUGGCUAUCACACGAUACAACCAACAUCCAGACAUUUUUCUUACCAUGACUGCAAAUCCUAAUUGGCCAGAAAUUACUUCAGCAUUAUUACCGCACCAAAAGCCUAUUGAUCGUCCUGAUUUAAUUGCCCGCGUUUUUGAAUUAAAGAGAAAGUGCUUGAUGAAGGAGAUAGAAAUAAACCGAGUGUUUGGUAAUAAAGUUGCGCAUGUUUUUACAAUUGAAUUCCAAAAAUGA